AUGUCAGCUACUAUAGUUGUUGUCGGAGCGGGCGUGAUAGGCCUGGAUGUCGCUCUUAUACUUGCCGAGAACGGAUACGGUCAUCUUACUACUGUGGUGGCGCAACAUAUGCCCGGAGAUACCUCGAUCGAUUAUACAUCGCCGUGGGCCGGAGCAAACUUUUCAGCGAUUUCCGGAAGCGACAAGAAUGCCCUCAUCUGGGACAAGGCUGGCUAUCAACGUCUGAUGAGGCUGGCUUCGACAGAGGGACUCGAAUCCGCCAUCAGAAAGACACAGUCGUUCGAAUACUGGGACGAGAAGCCUGCGGAGCAAAAGCUGAGCUCGCUUGCGGACUAUCUUGAAGAUUUUACUGUUCUGCCUUCGGAAAAACUCAUGCCAGGCGUCGCUUAUGGUGUGUCUUUCACUACAGUGACUAUCAACGCGCCUCGCCAUAUCCAGUAUCUGAAGAACAAGCUUGAACUCCUCGGCGUUCAAUUCUUCCGACGCAAACUUGAUCAUCUGGAUCAUGCUUUCCUCAGUGAUCGUACGAAAGUCGUUUUCAAUUGCGUUGGAAACGCUGCUCGACAUCUGCCUGGUGUUCAAGACUCGAAUUGCUUUCCGGUCAGAGGUCAGAUCUUGCUCACACGGGCGCCACAGAUCGAAACCAACGUCAUGCGACACGGUAAGGACUAUGAAACCUACAUCAUUCCCAGACCAUACUCGAACGGAAACGUCAUUCUUGGAGGCUUCAUGCAAAAAAACAACGGUACCGGCGAUACUUUCGCUCACGAGGCAGAGUCCAUCUGGCAAAGGACUUCCACCCUCGAGCCAUCUUUACACGCAUCUGGUACAGAAGUCCUGGCAACAUUUGCAGGCCUCCGACCAGGCAGACAAGGCGGUGCACGCAUCGAGCUGGAAGAAGCUCAAGCUGGGCGUAUAGUUGUGCACAACUACGGAGCUGGUGGAACAGGCUAUCAGGCAGGGCUUGGUAUGGGUAUGGAAGCUGUUGGCCUUGCACUACCACACUUGUCAAAGACUCUGAGUGGGCAAGAUGUUGUCGACCUCCAUGCGGCCGAACAAAGCGCACGUAGAGCGAACCUGUAG